AAUUUGUUAUGCAUGGAUAGUUUCCGUUGAUUAAAAUCCUACAGGGUAUAUGUUAAAAUUUAGAGCGAAUAUAAGUUCUUCCUCGUUUACUUUAGCCAUAACGCAAUGUAUUUUGCUUCCACUUAAGAUGCAAGUGCUCGUAAUAAUCUCAGAGAUCUUCAUUGUAACAGUAACAGCACAAAUAAACCUUGCUUUAGAAGGCAAAGUAUUACAAGAUUCAACGUUAACAGAUGGUGGGAAGUCUUACCCUGCACACCUAGCUACAGACGGACCAGCAACCAAUAAUUGGGACGAUGGAUGCUCGUCUACAGCUGGAAAGCAAGGGACGGCAUGGUGGGGUCUACAACUUGUUGAAAUGGCUUUCAUUACAGAUAUAAAAAUAUACUAUCGCGGUGGUAAAAACAGUAAUAUGGAUGGGUUCCGUUUGUAUUUUACAAAUGGUACAUAUGUUGGUUCCAUGAAUUCAGGUGAAGUGUUGUGUUAUAGAGAAUCAGAACAUGCACAUCCUAAUGUAACACAGGAAAAAACCUGCCAUUUGCCAGCAACAUGGUUUUUCUUUUUCAAUAGAAGACAUGGUGUCACAAAAGCAGUUGUUGAAUUAUGCUAUAUCGAAGUAUAUGGGUGUUGGAGAGGUCGAUGGGGGGAAACCUGUACGAAGUCGUGUCCGGUAGAGUGUUUGAACACAGACUGUUACCCUGAAAAUGGCUUUUGUGUUUGGGGUUGUCAUUUACCUAGCUGUUUCCAUGGUACAUGCGAUACUAAUACAAGUGUUUGCACUAAAGGUUGCUUAGAAGGACGAGCAGGGAGAUACUGUACUCAUUAUAAUUUGGCUUACCGUAAGACAGCACAACAGAAUCCUAAUGAUCGAAAUCUUCCUGCGAGUCUAUCAAAUGAUGGAGACAUAACAUCCUGCAUAAGUUUAGUAACAACCAAACCUAAUCCUUAUCUACAAAUUGACACCGGAUCGUUAAGUGUCAUAACAAUGUUAUAUUUUGCUUUUGGAGAUGAAACGGCCAGUGUUGGUAGGUUUUCAGUAUAUUGUUCCAAUACCUCUGAAUACCUAAGUGGUAUCCAUUUUAUAAACAACGAAGAUUAUGUAAACAUGGAUAUUACAGUUUUAGAAGUUUGCAGAUAUGUUACUUAUGUACCAUCUGUUGGAAAUUCCAAAUUAGAGUUCUGCGAAAUAGAAAUCGGUGGAUGUCCUUCCGGAAAAUAUGGACACAAUUGUGAAUCCCCCUGUUCCAAAAACUGCAUUGACCGAUGUGAUAUAGUGACAGGAAAUUGUACAUUUGGCUGUUUGGAUGGUUGGAUUGGUGUUAAAUGUGACCAAGCUUGUAUUCCUGGUUUUUUCGGUGGUCAGUGUCUCCGGAUCUGUUCCAAAAACUGUCUGUCCAUACACUGCCAUCACGUAACGGGAGAAUGUGUUGGAGAAUGCCAUAGAGGAUGGGGAGGAUUCAACUGCACAGAAGAAUGUGAUAGUGGAACAUUUGGAGAGAAUUGUUUAGAGUCCUGUGAUGGCUGUAUAUCGGAUGAAUGUGACCGCAUUAAUGGUGUUUGCAGUAAUUCCAGUGGCUGUAAACCAGGCUUUAUGUUAGGAAAAUACUGCAAUACGACUUGUGCAGAUUGGAAUUUUGGAAAAAAUUGUGAAAACACUUGUUACUGUCGUAAUCAGCCAUGUGAAAAAUCAAGUGGUAUAUGUUCAAAUGACGGGUGCAAAAGGGGAUGGCAUGGUGACUCGUGUGAUAAAGAAUGCAGUCCUGGUUAUUUUGGGUUUAGUUGUAUGUACUCCUGUAAAGGAUGUUACAACAGGUCCUGUGAUAUAUAUGACGGGAAUUGUACAGACGGGUGUAUUGAAGGAUACAGUGGUCCGAUAUGUAAAGAUAAAGAAUUUCAGGAACAAUCCUCAACCGAUUCUGGUCCAGCCAUUGGAGGUGGAAUAAGUGCUGCUAUAUUAGUUAUUUUAUUAACUGCAGUUGCCAUCAUCAUAUACAGAAGAGGGUUGCCAUUCAAACAUAAGAGAUAUGCAAGUGACAGUGAACACCACAACCAGUCUAAUGAAAACCCAUACAUGAAUCAGGAAAGAAAUGAAUAUAUUAAUGUAGGUUGCAUAACCGACGAAAAUGACGUAACAGUAUCGGUACCUGAAAGAGCUAGUAGAAUGUCAGACGCACUUCCUACUGAAGAUGAUGUUGAAGAUGAAGGAAACGUCUACAAUAAUGUACCUUCUAAAAAAACUAUUGUUAAAUUCAACAUAGCAAUUGGAGACCUAAAACAGGUUAUAGAGGAGAAACAGAACAAUGAAAGUUUUAAAGAGGAUUACGAGAUUUUGCCUAAAGGACUUAUUCAUCAACAUAUGGAAGGUUCCAAAGACGAAAACAAAAUUAAAAAUCGUUUCCUUACAACAUGGCCAUAUGACCACUCACGGGUUGUGUUGGUUGGAGAUACUAAACAUGAUUAUAUAAAUGCUAGUUAUAUUGACAGCUAUGACAAAGAAAAGGCAUACAUAGCAUCACAAGGUCCAAAGAAGAAUACUGUGAGGGAUUUCUGGCACAUGGUUUGGCAAGAAAAGACCGGUAAAAUAGUAAUGGUAACGCAGCUACAAGAAGAAAGAAGGAGGAAAUGUGAACAGUAUUGGCCACAAGAGAUCAACAGAACAAUGGUAGUAGACCAAUAUAAACUCACAAUGAGGGAGGAAACAAUAUAUACCAUUUAUGUGUAUAGAUUACUUGUACUACAAAAUAAGAAGAAUCAGAAAGAACGAAGAGUGCACCACUUUCAUUUCACACAAUGGCCAGACCAUGGUGUACCAGACAGCAUUAAACUAGUACAUUUUUACAGGAAAGUAAAAUAUGAAAAGCGUGAUCAGAGCGGUCCAAUGGUUGUACACUGCAGUGCUGGAGUGGGAAGGACAGGUACAUUCAUUGCUAUAGAUGCAUUAUAUGAGCACGGGAAGAAAGUUGGUUACGUUGAUAUUAUGAAUUAUGUACAGAUGAUGAGAAAGGACAGAAUGAAUAUGAUACAAACACAUGAGCAAUAUAAAGCCGUGUUUGAUGCAUUGUUAGAGCUGUUCACAGUCCCAGAAACGGCUAUUCAAAAGAACAAUUUCUGUAUAUCUAUUGAGAAACAAGAAAAUAAGACUUUACCAAAAAAUCAAACGAUGUACAAAGAAGAGUUCCAGAGAUUGCAAUCGAUGAGGCCAUUAUAUUCCACAAAGGCGUAUACUGCUGCGAGUUCAAAAGAAAAUACAUCGAAGAAUUCUCAAAAGAAUGUUCUUGCACAUGACCAAUAUAGACCUUAUCUAAUAUCAUAUGGUAUAAACAGAAAUGACUACAUCAAUGCAGUUAUAAUUCCAGGAUUUUCAGCUGACAGCAAAUUCUUUGUAACACAGUAUCCAUUGAUGGAAACUGCUGUUGAUUUUUGGACUAUGAUAUAUGACCAUAGGUCCGAUAUUAUUGUUUUACUGGAUCCAGUAAAUGAGGAUGCUCCACUAUGGUUAGAGAAGAAAGAAAUGCUAGAAUUUGACAACUUUAGUAUAUAUCAAGAAAGAGAAAAGGCGAUCGACGAGCUGCACUUCAUCUUAAAUCACAAGAGAAAUAGAGAAAAACGAUCAAUAAACGUUUUUACCGUUGAUGAUUGGACCAUAAAUACUGAUGUGCCACCGUCGCCCGAAUGUAUGUUGGAUCUUAUUCAACGUGUAGUCAAUUGUUGGGAAAAGCAGAAAUGUCCGAUAACUGUAGUUUGUAGAGAUGGCUGUAGAAAGAGUGGAUUAUUUGUUGCACUUAGGAUGGUCUUAGAAAAACUGCAGAUUGAUGACGAAGUUGAUAUUUUCCAAGUAGUAAGAACAAUACAAAUAAGGCGACCCGAAUUCAUUUUGGAAUAUGAUCAGUACGAGUAUUGUUACAAGUGUAUCAAAGUAUUGCUUGAGAGAGAUUCACAAGAAACACUGUAUGCAAAUGCAUAAACUAUACCCGUUUUUUACUGGACAUGUAUAUGAACACACAUAUAUAUAUACAUAUAUAUAUAUACAAAAUGUUAUUCUUUUAUAUUCAUGUUUAUUACCAGUUUGAGUUGAAUAUCGAAGAAUUUCAUAGAAUGUUUUUUAAAAUGUGAGGUGGAAAUAUGUAUACAGAUCUCAUUUUUAUGAUGCAUUAUUUACAAUAUGAGUGAGUAUAUAAGUCUUACGUCUGCUUUUAGAGUCUCGUAUUUUUUUAAUCAUACAAACUGGUAAAACGUACAUUUUCCGACCCUUCAUAUUAAUGUUGACUGACUCCACUUACAUAUUUAUUACAUGUAUUAUUUUUUCAGACUUGAAUUCUUACUGAUAUUUAAGAAAUUCUCUAGAGAAAAGUUUUAUAUUAAAAACAAUUACGACUUGAACCUUACAAAUACAGUUUUAUCUUGGAUGGGUUUGACUAUCCCCUUUGAUAACAUAGAACCCCUUUCGUCACAAUGCUCCCCAAUAUAUAAUUUAAUUAGCUGUGUUUGGCCAAAAAAUGUCGGAAUUUUGUAUCCUCAAUCCUCCUCAACUUUGUACUUCAUUUGAUCCUUUUAACUUUUUUUAUUCAAGCGUCAUCGCUGAUGAGUCUUUUGUAGACGAAACGCAAGUCAUCCUGGUUUCUAUAAUGAGUUUACUAACACCUUUGGCUUUUUAAGUAUAUGAAUAAGAUGAAGAUAGAGGAAGAAACAUUCCAAAGCAGCAACAACAAUCGUUCUGUUCUACUUUGAUUUACUACCACUCACUCAAUAUUUAUUUAUUUUGUUUUUCAAAAAAAAGAGUAUCUGUUCAGUCUAGAAUAUUUCGGUAUUUGUUAUACGAAUUAAAUAAGGAAAUGUGCACAUGAUAUGAUUGCCCGUAAUAGUUAUCAAAGGUACGAGGCUUAUAAUUUGAUACGCCAGACGCGCGUUUCGUCUACAUAAGACUCAUCAGUGACGCUCAGAUCAAAAUAGUUAGAAAGCCAAACAAGUAAAAAGUUGAAGAGCAUUGAGGACCCAAUAUUCCAAAAAGUUGUGCCAAAUACGGCUAAGAUAAUCUAUGCUGGGGGUAAGAAAAUCCUUAGUAUUUCGAAUAAUUCAGUUUUUUGCACACUGUUUAUUUAUAAAAAUGACCAUAUAAUUGAUAUUCAUGUCAACAUCGAAGUGCUGACUACUGGGCUGGUGAUACCCUCGGGAACGCAACGUCAUAAGACAGAUAUUCUCCAAAAACAAAAAAAAUAAAACUUUACCAAUAAGAAAACACACACCGUAUAGUUAGAUAUAGAAGGCACGGGAUAAACUUGAAUCAAUUCUAAAGAGACACUACCUGAUUCAAGCUAACACCAUGUUUUUAUACAAUAAACAUUAAACAGUUAUGAUGACGACAAUCACACCAUUUUCAUUAUCUAUUAAUUAUUAUUAUCAUAUUUUGUAUUAUUGUUUUUUAAUAUUGUCACCAUUUUGUUAUUGUUAUUAUCAAUGAUAAAUAUUGUAAUUGUGAAAAUAAAGAUAUAAUACGGUU